ACAGAAUCUUGCGCAGGCAGGAACUAAUUUUAUGGUAGUUGACUGCGGUGAUCGUAUAGAUUUAACAACUUGCAAAUUAUUAACUAAUGAUCAAUUAGGUGAAAUAACUGAAAGAUCUGGCGAUUCUUGUGGGAGUACUUUUAUUGAUGCAGAGUUUAUUAAAUAUUUACGAGGGAUACUAGGAGAUGUACCUAUGGAUUUGCUUAGAGAUAAUGGACAAAUGCAAUAUUUGGUUCAACAAUUUUGUGAUUAUUGUAAAAUGCCUUUUACAGGAGAUGAUCAAGACUUUUUAUAUGAAUUGGAUAUUGAACAUACGAAACGAUACAUUAAAGAUGAUAAUACCAGGAAAACUUUAGAAGAUGACGAAUGGGUAAUUGAAAUUAAUUUUGAAACUAUGAAAUCAAUAUUCGAACCUGUUAUUCGAAACAUUCUCAAUCUGAUAAAAGCGCAGUUAGAUAACGCUCAAGAAACUUUUUCUGCAAUGUUUUUAGUUGGGGAUUUCAGUGAAUCAAAAUAUUUACAAAAAAGUAUUAAACAAGAAUUUAGUCAUCGAGUUUUUAAUAUUUUAGUUCCUCUUCAACCUACAGCAGCAAUUUCACGUGGAGCAGUAAUUUACGGAUUACCUAUUAAAUCAAAUGAUUUGAAUAAUGUUGGAAAUUCAAAAAGUUACACAUCAUUUUAUACUAUUAGUUCUUAACAAAACGACUCAUAGCAGAUAGAUAUGUUAUAUGAUUUUCUUAGCAUAGAGCUUUUAGAAGAAUUUAUGACAUUAAUAG